CGUUCCACUGAACGGGGAAAGUGUGCCGGUCCGCCAGUGGCUCUCAAUGGCUUUCAGGGCUGGUUUUCUUUGAAUUUCUGGACUUUUCUACACAAUUUGCACCCCGAAAACCAGCUAUGGAAAUCCUAUGGAUUGUAUGGAUACUCCCUUCCGCUCUGGCUCUUGAAGAAACUUUAAUGGACUCCACCACAGCGACAGCUGAACUGGGCUGGACAGUGUUUCCUGUGUCGGGGUCCAGCGACAACAGCUGGGAAGAGGUGAGCGGCUAUGACGAGAACAUGAACACCAUCCGCACCUACCAGGUGUGUAACGUCUUCAGCGCCAACCAGAACAACUGGGUGCGCACCAAGUACAUCCCGCGGCGCGGGGCCCAGCGCAUCCAUGUGGAGAUGAAGUUUUCGGUGCGGGACUGCAGCAGCAUCCCACGAGUACCGGGCUCCUGCAAGGAGACCUUCAACCUAUACUACUAUGAAUCGGACGCGGACACGGCCACCAAAUCGUCCCCUCCGUGGAUGGAGAACCCCUGGAUCAAGGUGGACACCAUCGCGGCCGACGAGAGCUUUUCGCAGGUGGACUUGGGUGGACGGGUGAUGAAAAUCAACACCGAAGUUCGCAGUUUCGGCCCCGUGUCCCGGAACGGCUUCUAUCUGGCCUUCCAGGACUACGGAGGCUGCAUGUCUCUAAUCGCGGUUCGCGUCUUCUACCGGAAGUGUCCACGCGCCAUCCGGAAUGGAGCCAUAUUCCAGGAGACUCUUUCAGGCGCCGAGAGUACUUCCUUGGUCGCUGCGAGGGGGGCGUGUAUCCCCAACGCCGAGGAAGUGGACGUGCCCAUUAAACUCUACUGCAACGGAGACGGCGAGUGGAUGGUGCCCAUCGGCCGCUGCAUGUGCAAAGCCGGCCACGAAGCUGUGGAGAACGGCACCGUCUGCAGAGCGUGCCUGUCGGGUUACUUUAAGCCGGCUCAGGGCGACGAGGCCUGCCUGCAGUGUCCCAUCAACAGCCGCACCACGAACGACGGAGCAACCAACUGCGUCUGCCGCAACGGCUACUACCGCACCGACUCUGACCCCAUCCAGAUGCCCUGCACCACCGUUCCCUCAGCGCCGCAGAACGUGAUCUCCAGCGUGAACGAGACGUCCCUGAUGCUGGAGUGGAAUCCACCUCGUGAAAGCGGCGGCCGAGAGGACGUGGUCUACAACAUCAUCUGUAAGAGCUGCGGCGGGGGGCGGGGCGGCUGCACGCGCUGCGGAGACAACGUCCAGUUCGUCCCGCGCCAGCUCGGACUGACCGACACACGCGUCUUCAUCAGCGACCUGCUGGCCCACACGCAGUACACGUUCGAAGUGCAAGCCGUCAACGGAGUUUCAGACCAGAGUCCAUAUUCACCCCAAUACGCCUCGGUCAACAUCACCACCAACCAGGCCGCUCCCUCUGCAGUGUCUAUAAUGCACCAGGUCAGCCGUACAGUGGACAGCAUCACUCUGUCUUGGUCCCAGCCAGACCAGCCCAACGGGGUCAUUCUGGACUAUGAGCUGCAGUAUUAUGAGAAGGACCAGACGGAGUACAACUCCUCCAUAGUGAGGAGUCAGACCAACACAGCCGUUGUCCGCGGCCUAAAACCCGGCGCCAUCUACGUCUUCCAGGUUCGGGCGCGGACCGUUGCGGGAUUUGGACGCUAUAGCGGCAAAAUGUACUUCCAGACCAUGACAGAGGAAGAGUACAACACCAGCAUCCAGGAGAAGCUGCCACUAAUCAUCGGCUCAGCAGCUGCUGGACUGGUCUUCCUCAUUGCUCUGGUGGUCAUCAUCAUCGUGUGUAACCGCCGUGGCUUCGAGAGAGCCGAUUCGGAAUACACGGACAAGCUGCAGCACUACACCAGCGGCCACAUGACGCCAGGAAUGAAGAUCUACAUUGAUCCGUUCACCUAUGAAGACCCCAAUGAGGCAGUGAGAGAAUUCGCCAAGGAGAUCGACAUCUCAUGUGUGAAGAUUGAGCAGGUCAUCGGAGCAGGAGAGUUUGGGGAGGUGUGCAGUGGGAACCUGAAGCUUCCCGGGAAGCGCGAGAUGUUCGUGGCCAUUAAGACGCUGAAAUCUGGAUACACAGAAAAGCAGAGGCGGGAUUUCCUGAGUGAAGCGAGCAUCAUGGGACAGUUUGACCACCCCAACGUCAUCCAUCUGGAAGGAGUGGUGACCAAAAGCAGCCCCGUCAUGAUCAUCACUGAGUUUAUGGAGAAUGGCUCACUGGACUCCUUUCUGAGGCAAAACGAUGGACAGUUCACAGUGAUCCAGCUGGUGGGCAUGCUGCGUGGAAUCGCCUCGGGAAUGAAGUACCUUGCUGACAUGAACUACGUUCAUCGUGACCUCGCGGCCCGGAACAUUCUGGUCAACAGUAACCUGGUGUGUAAGGUGUCUGACUUUGGGCUUUCGCGCUUCCUGGAGGAUGACACGUCUGACCCCACCUACACCAGUGCUCUGGGAGGGAAGAUCCCCAUUCGAUGGACCGCUCCAGAGGCCAUUCAGUACAGGAAAUUCACCUCCGCAAGCGACGUGUGGAGCUACGGCAUCGUCAUGUGGGAGGUGAUGUCCUAUGGAGAGAGGCCGUAUUGGGACAUGACCAAUCAAGAUGUGAUAAAUGCCAUUGAGCAGGACUACAGGCUGCCCCCACCCAUGGACUGCCCCAGCGCCCUGCACCAGCUCAUGCUGGACUGUUGGCAGAAGGACCGCAACAACCGGCCCAAAUUCAGCCAGAUCGUCAACAACCUGGACAAGAUGAUCCGCAAUCCCAACAGCCUGAAGGCCAUGACCCCUCUCUCUUCAGGUGUGCACUUGCCCUUGCUGGACCGCAGCGUGCCCGACUUCUCAAGCUUCAGCAAUGUGGACGAGUGGCUGGACGCUAUUAAGAUGGGCCAGUACAAGGACAACUUCGCCAACGCUGACUUCACCAGCUUUGACCUGGUCUCACAGAUGACCAUGGAAGACAUCCUCAGGGUGGGUGUGACACUAGCAGGCCAUCAGAAGAAGAUCCUGAACAGUGUGCAGAUGAUGAGGGCGCAGAUGAACCAGAUCCAGUCGGUGGAGGUUUGACCCCUACAGCCCAUGCUGGACAGUGAGGGAGGCAGGAGUGGGUGGUCAGAUGGAAAUGGACGCUCUUAGGCCCUGAGCUUGAUUUUUUUCUUCUGGACCACCUCGUUCUUAAGGGGAUUUUCUCCAGUCCCUUCAUUCAGACUCUCUCA